AUGACAGGAUCAACAAGCCAAUCCACGACAGGCGCCAACGCCACGGCGGCGGACAACCAGCCGCCGUCGCAGGCCACGGAUGCCGUUCUCGUCAAGUCGACGCAGAUGCCGGACGACGCGCAAAAGGUGGAGGAGCUCGACUUCAACAAGUUCAAGGGCCGGCCCAUCACGGCCGAUGACCUGUACCAAGGCAUGCGCUUCAUGGGGUUCCAGGCGUCGGCCGUGGCGGACGCCAUCCGCAUCAUCAACGGCAUGCGCGCGUGGAAGGAUGCCGAGACGGGCGAGGGCACGACCAUCUUUUUGGGGUACACGUCGAACCUGAUCUCGUCGGGCCUGCGCGGCGUGCUGCGGUACCUGGUCGAGCACAAGCACGUGUCGGCGAUUGUGACGACGGCGGGCGGCAUCGAGGAGGACUUUAUCAAGUGCCUGGGCGACACGUACAUGUCUUCGUUUAGCGCGGACGGCGCCGGGCUGCGCAGCAGGGGCCUCAACCGAAUCGGCAACCUGGUGGUGCCCAACGACAACUACUGCGCGUUUGAGGACUGGGUGGUGCCCAUCCUGGACACGAUGCUCGAAGAACAGGAGGCGGCCAAGGCAGGUGGCGACGACGAGGCAUUCCACUGGACGCCCUCCAAGGUGAUCCGCCGGCUGGGCAAGGAGAUCAACGACGAGCGGUCGGUGUACUACUGGGCGUACAAGAACGACAUCCCCGUGUUCUGCCCGGCGCUGACGGACGGCAGCCUGGGCGACAUGCUGUAUUUCCACACGUUCAAGGCGUCGCCGCAGCAGCUGCGCAUCGACAUUGUCGAGGACAUCCGGAAGAUCAACACGAUGUCGGUGCGGGCGAAGCGGGCGGGCAUGAUCAUCCUGGGCGGCGGCGUGGUCAAGCAUCACAUUGCGAACGCGUGUCUGAUGCGCAACGGUGCCGAGUCGGCGGUGUACAUCAACACGGCGCAAGAGUUUGACGGCAGCGACGCGGGCGCGCGGCCGGACGAGGCAGUGUCGUGGGGCAAGAUUAAGAUUGGUGCCGAUGCAGUCAAGGUGUACAUGGAAGCCACUGCAUGUUUCCCGCUCAUUGUGGCCAACACUUUUGCAAAGGAGCCUUGA